AUGCCCGACUGGACGGUGCCACAAGUACCUCUCGGCACCAUUCACACAGUCAAGUUGGACGACACGGAUGAAGCUCGGCGGCGCGCUCAACUGCAAGAACACCGAGCGAAAGUGGUCCGUAUCACUGAGGGCCGAUUUCAUACAGAGCCACCGUAUGCGAUUUGCGUCGUCCCCGAGCAGCCCGAUCCGAACACAUUCUACUACCUGCCAUGGCUACUCGCAAAAUGUUCGAUCCCUCCGUAUGCGCCUGGUAGUGAACAAAAAAAGGCCAAUGGCUCCGAAAAAGGAAGCACCAGCUUCGUGUGGAAUCCGGCUCUGGACGCCGAGGAAAACGUCGAAAUGCUGAUGAUUCAGCUGGGAUUGCAUCUGGAAAGACAAAAUGGUGGCGUUUGGAAGGCCGGGUUAAAGACCCUGCAGGACGGGCUCAACCGCGUCGGGGCGCUCACCGAGUCGCAAGUCGAGGCCUAUCGACGUGCUUUCCGUCAUGUCGACUCGGGCACGGGCUUGGCUGGGAAACUCGUAGCUCCUCCGAAAGGCUUGCCGGAGGGAAAGGUGGUCGUCAAAGCGACGGUCCCCAGCGACGGUUCGGUGGUUCUGGGAGGUGGCGACGAGGGUUCUCGUGGAGAAGAUCCACAUGGGCUGGAUCUCUCGUUGAGCAGCGACGACGUGAUGGUGGGGAAGGAUGGCGUUGAGAUCGAGGAUGAUGCCGCCGACCCGGAGAAGGCGCUCGAGGAAGACGACGGCAAGGGUGAUCAGCGGCUCGACGAGAUGGCGAAGGUGAUCGACCCGGACGAUGCUGAACGGAUCGUCGACAACCGGGAACCGAUUGUCAUCAAGUUCCCUGCCCACAUUUGGAAUGCGACGUCGUCGGAAAUGCCCCCCCCGGCGCUGCCAGUCAAGAAGACGCAAGUAUUCUUCCGUUCGACCGACUCCACUUACACGGCAGGUGGAAGCAAGAAGCCGUGCUCGUGUAAGCAAAAAAAGGCGGAAGUCGCGAACAUGCCGCCGAUGAGCGAGGAGAUGAAAAAGCUGUUCCCGGCCGGCACCACUAUGAAAACGAUCGAGCCGGAUGAAAUUAUUGGUGCCGGACAGCCGCUGUUGGGACGAGUGCUCACACUUAUCGAGGGAGUGAUGACGGCCGUGCUGUGUAUGAUCAUAUCGCACCACGAGGGCCAGUCAUUUGAAUGUCGCACCCUUCCAUCGGCGAAUCUGAAGCAUUCGAGUGUCCCGAAGGCUCGAAAAAACCAAAAUUUCGGUUGCCGCUUCGCUGCCCACGACGUUCUGCAAAUGUUAGUUGGAGAGAAUGGUGAGCCGCUCUUGGCAAAAGACCAUUUCUACAACCUGCGGCCGGAACAUUAUUGUCACCAGGAGGUGGCUCCUCGAAAAGUCGCGAAGAGGUUGGCAGUUGAUGAGGACAAGGACUCUGCCGAGCCGAUUACCAAGCACCCCCGUGUCGAGCCCGUUUCGCCAAUUCCCGCAACGGACGCGAAAUCCACCACUGAUGAAUGGGUAGCCGCAACGAGUAGUGCUCAGGAAUCGCAGGAUGUCGACUUCGUGGCCGCAUAUGAAGAAGUGAGCGCCUCGCUGCCGGUAAUUCCACCACAAGGGGAGUUCGUCUUCGAUCCCACCGCUCAGAGAGCUCAAGGCCAGCGUCAAGCCAAGCUGAUCCCGCCACGGCCCCUCCCGGCGAAGAAGAUGAAGGGUCCCGCUGCUCGCCGUCAACUUGAGCCG